AAUUUGAAGACCUUGACAAUAAUGGCCAGGUGUUGGUUAACCUUCAUACAAAAUCUAGUAAAAUAAGGUGCAAAGACAUGAACCUUUCUUUAUCAGACUGGCAAUUAGAAACAUCUUCAGACGGACUCGAAGCCUUAGUGAUUGCUUUUAGUAUUAUAUCAUUACUGCUGAGUAUUUCUACUAUGAUCUUUGCGGCGUACACUUUUUGGAGAACUAAGCAGUUUAUGAAGGAGUACUUUCAGGCAUACUUCGGGGUGGAAGUUAAUGAUAAUGCUGAGACGGACCUGCCAGUGUCAGAGUACUUCCGGUUUUUAAAAUUCUGGGAUGCAACCGUUGUUAUCUCCGAUAUAUUGACUUUAUACGGGACAGUCCGAAUAGCGUUUCAUACAGUUCACAGUGAAUGGGUGCUCGGGUUGCUAGAUUCCUACGCCGUCUGGCUAGGAGUGGGUUGUGUGAUAGCAUGGCUAAGUUUGCUGAGGUUUUUCAAGUUUCAUAAUAAAUUUCAUCUGCUAUUUAAUACACUAUACAAAGCAUUUUGGAAUGUUGUUGCCUAUCUUAUCUGCGUUGGAGUGUUGUUUGUCGGGUUUUGGGUUUGUGGAUAUGUCGUUAUGGCGCCGUACCAUGUCAAGUUCAAAACCCCGGCUGCAGCCGCGGAGACGCUGUUUGCUGUUGUUUACGGCGACGAGAUAUACGCUACCUUAGCAAUACUGGAGUCCGACAAGAGCGGGGGUAACUGGGUGUGGUGGUUUUCAAGGUUCUAUCUUGGAACAUAUAUUGCUAUAUAUACUGUAGUUGUUAUCAACCUACUCAUAGCUCUUUUCAUGAGUGCCUAUGAGUCUAUUAAGGCAUACUAUGAACAGAAACCGGAGGAACGAGAAUUGGGACCGAUGGAGAAAGCUUUGGUCCGUGCUUUAAUUCAAGACGAUGAGGGAAGUAAUUUUCUUCGGAGCUGGAUAUAUUGCUUAAUGAAUGACAGUACAUCCCAGAUUCAAGAACUGAACUCAUUGAAAACUGAAUUUUCCAAAUUUGUUCGCGUGUCUAAAAGCGAAAAAAACGUGAAGCUUCUAAAACCGAGGACUUUGAAAGUGUUUAUGGAAGAUGAGGAGCACGAAAGGAAGAACUUUAAAUGCGGAUUUAUGAGCUGUUCAUUCACAUUUUCUGGUGAUGAUCAAACACCAUCAAAGCAAAAGAAACAGAAUGUUAACAAUGAGAUAAAUACACCGGCUCUAUGAUAACAUAGACAUGAACAAGACAUUGGCUUUUAAAUACCAUUUAAUUUAUUCCAUGGUUGUAUAUUAGUUUGUUGUUAUCUUUUUCAAGUUGAUUUAGUUUUUGGCAUAACAAUAGUGCUAACCUUGUUCUAUACCUUGCUUGUAACUUGUACUGUUAAAUAUUACUAAUUAUGACUGUUAUAUGAUUAUCAUUUUUCGUUUUCUUCUGUUGAUUUAUUUUUAGAGCUGCUUUUCAAAAGAUAUAAGAGAAUUGACUACAUUGUAAAUCUGAUUGAAUAAUCCUCUUACAAAUGAUUUGAUUUGUUGUUGUUGUUGUUUUAAUUUCAAAAUGCAGCUAUCAAAACCAAAACAGACACGGCUAAUUUUAUUAUAUUAUUUAGGAAAUCAUAUGAUUUGAUUAUAAAGAAUGUAUAAAACAUAAAUAUUAAAAUUAAAUAAAUAAUUUGUCAAAAAAUUGGAAUACUUCUGUAAUAACUUACCAAUUCUUCAUGGUCUUAAUGAAAAAGGUCACACUCUAUUUAAGGAAAAAAUAUUCACAUACAUACGUAUAUAUAUGUUUGGUUGAUACAAAUAUUUUUUUUAAAUUAAAUUCAAUUGAAUUGUGGAUACAUUAACGCUACGAUUAGACAUAUUAGUAUAAUUAUCCUUAGUUUUCUACACAUAUUGUGUAUCAAAGGUCUGACUCACUUGUAGUUAAAUGUUUUAAGCGCUUGUUUGAAUUUUUCAGACAAGACCUAGUCUCUUAUACGAUAUAUGUUCCAUAAAGAAACAACAUCCGUGUACUUGAAAUGUAUUAUACAUGUUUUAUGAUACUUCUGCUGCAAAAUUUUAAUUGUACAAUAAUAUAUUUUGUCUGAAAAAUACAAAUUAUUCAUGUAGUAAACGAAAUUUUUUAUAUUGAAUUUUGUUUCUUACAAGCUUAUGUCCUUUCUGAUUUAAUUAUAUCUAAUGUUGAGCGCUUCUGUCUUGUAUUUCUUAAAAAGUUCUAAGAAGUACAGAAUGUAACUCAAAUAUUACUCAUACUUUCUCUAUUUUUACAAUGCCUUUUACCCAAAAGAUUACAGGAGCAUAGCCACCAUCCGGCUAGCUUAUUAUGUAAACCGUUAACCUGUGAAAUCGAGUUCGAUUUCCGUAUGGUGCAGGUCACUGUCGUCGCGAUUGAAUUUAGAAUAUUUUCUUCGAUCAUUUGCAUUUUAUCUCUGCUUUGGUAUGUACAAACGUUUCAGUUAUUGUAAAGGCAUUUAGAACUCGUAAGCUGCUUGACAGCCUGCCCAGGAACGAUGCGAAUGCUAAACUGCAUCCUUGUAAAUACAACGUGGCUUGCUGCCGUGAUCCGGAGUGAAAACUACAUGACACCACCAUGCAGGAGCAGAAAUAAUGUCAAUGCUGACUAUUUUUCCAUGUAUAAUUCAUUCGUUAAGGCUGUUUAAGAAUUUAUUGAUAUUUAAGUAGCAUAAUUCAUACCAUUAUAUUUCUAUUGAAUGUUAUUGCAGUUUUCGCCACUUAACUAUGAUAUUUACUUUGGUGGAGCUAGUUUUCAAUAUGUGCGGUUUAGUUUAAACAAUGCAAUGCUAGAAGAAAUUAAUGUUAGAAGAUUCACAUCCGUUACUUUAAAGAUUGAAAUCAGUAGCAGAAUCAAGAACAUAUUGGAGCUUUGUCUCAUGUUUGUUCUUCUACAAUUGACAAAAAAAGAAAGUUUCCUUUAUUACAUUUCAACUGAAAUCAUGAACCUUGCUAUAAUUUAUACUUAUAUAAAACACAUAGUUAUGGUGUUUAGUGGGCUCGAAGGAUGUUGCAUUAUCCCUCAUGUACAGACUCUGCAAUUCAUGUAAUUUUGCUGUGAUUAAUGCUUCCGAUGGAUCACUGAAGAAGGUUGACAUCGAGUACCCACUUA